CUCUCUCGAGUCUGCACUGCCACCGCCCCACGAGGCGGGUGAUCCCAAACCCGUGCUGGUUUGUAGGCUAAAAAGAAGUUCAUUGUAAGGUCCACGCUCUUAACGACCUGGCUGCAUUGACUCUGCAUAAUACGGAUGGCAACCCCUUUCUAACAAGAUCAAUGGGACUUCACGAAUUACCUUGAUGUGACAGGCCUUGAGUUAUCAGUGUCGGAAAAUAAUGAGUAUGAAGACUAAAAAUUGAUCUUGCUAUGAGCGGAAUUUGUAAAAACACCGAUCUUAUUCUCGCUGGUCGACUGUACGGUAACAGCUAGCGCCACGCUUCACAUCCGCUCAACUUGAAAAGUGGGUGCGUGAAUUGACAAAUGCCUUUCACAAUACACGCCCCCGUACCACAAAUCGGCUGCGUCCUUGCUUUAUGGCUAAACCCACCUUUAACUACAUGCCAUGCUUGCGCUGCUACUACUGUGAAUUUCUCGUUAUGAGUACUCCAGCUAUGGAGACAGGCAACCAGCGGCAGAUUCGACUCGCCCGCGUGAUAGCGAGCUACCAGGCAGCCGCGGCGGAUGAGGACGCUGCUCCAUCAUCGGCCGGUGCAACGGACGGCCGGCCCCGCAAGCCUAAGGCUGGAUUCACAGCCGACGUGUGGGACCACGGGGCUCUGGACGAAGACGACGAGGAUGAUGAACCGCAGUGUUGCCUGGGCCCAGACGAGGCCACCCUCCGCUACUGCCCGAUGAACGAAUCCUUGCUGCCCUUCAAACUCCUGUACGUCUUCCUUCGAGGAGGAGUGGCCUGCAUCAUGCCAUAUCUGUCGGUGUUUCUGAGCCUGCUGUCUCUGCCACCGUCCACGGUGGGUAUUUUGCUUGGACUCCCCUGCCUGGUCAUGGCCUUUGUCAACCCAGUCUUUGGGUUCGUGGCGGACAAGUUCCAGUGCCGUAAGGCGGUUCUUCUGCUUUGCCUGUCGUUGUGGUUCGCCUUCAUCGUCUCAGUGACCUUCCUUCGUCCACUGAAGCCAGCGGCGUGCAAGGAAGUUGUGGAUAACCUGUGGGAGGUGUCUCGGACGUUCCCGAAGGACUCGAAGGAAUACCAACACCUCUUGUGCAUGGUGAAUAGAUCCCUUGAUGAGUACAGGAUGGAGGGUAGGCCUGGCGGCCAGACUGAGGAAGAGCACUGGAAACCGGUUCUCAGCUUACUGCAGCUACCAGAUCCAUUCUCCACCGGUCUGGUCGGUACUUGUGCAUCGACGGCUGCGAGAGACCACAAGGACCCGAUCAGCGCGCUCACCGAAAACAUCGAGCAGUUCGGGGCCCUCUUCAUACCGCACGUCAUGGCGCCCCCGAACGGUACAAGCGCCGGCAUUGGCUGGCUGUUCGAGAGGGCUAGUCUCCUGCAGUCGUUCGUCAAGGUGUUCGUGCUGAUGAGCCUGGGCGAGGUGAUGCAGGGCCCCACCAUGGCUCUGACCGACACAGCUACACUGAAUGAACUGGGUGAGCAGCAGUGGAAUCGCUACGGCUGGCAGAGAUCAUUUGGUUCGGCCGGCUUUGCUAUCUACUCCAUUGCCGUGGCGUCUUUCCUUGGUCUCAUGCGAUUUCCACAAAUGAUCUGUGGACUCGAAAUCGAGAUAAUCGAUUACUGUAUUGGUACCGUGAUGUUUGGAGGCACAGUCGCGUGUGCAUUCGGCCUUCUCUUUGCCUGCUGCUUUAGAUUCAAGUAUUACACAAACGCAGAGUACAAGUUUAGCAAUGUGCUGCCGGCCCUGUGCUCGGGUUACUACGGCUCCAUCAUGGUGACGGCCCUGGUGUUAGCCGUUUGCAACGGCUGUGUGGCCGGGUACCUCUCAUGGCAUCUCCGGAGCCUCGGUGCGACCGAGAUUACACUGAGCCUGGUGCUAGCCGUCCGGGCCGGGUCGGAGCUCCUUCUCGCCUUCCAUACACCCCGUCUGAUCGGCUGCUCCGGCCACGUCGAGCUGCUUUUCGCCGGCCUGCUGGUCUACUGUCUCCGUUUCCUCUGCUACGCCUUGGUGACCAACCCGUGGAUGGUGCUGCCCGUGGAGGUGUUGCACGGGAUGUCAAUAGCACUGACAUGGAACAUCCUGGUGUCUUUACUUUGCCGCGCCGUGCCCUUCGAAUGCAUGGCCACGCUGCAGGGCUUCCUGAGCGGAAUCUACUUCGGUCUCGGUCACGGCAUCGGGGCCAUCGCCGGCGGGUUCAUGGUCACAUCCUACGGGGUCCUGUGGACAUUCUACAGCUUCUCGUUCGGCGUGUUUUGCUACGCCAUCGGUUUCUUCCUUGCUGUCAAGGCCUUCAGACCACCCAGGAAAGCUGUGACCAGCUACCAGAUGCUGUCGUCCAAGGACCCUCUCUGGUGAUCGUACGGUUGCUGCUCGGACACGACCCGGUCUUCACCUUAUUAUUCUCUUACUCCUUCUUCGCGCCCAUGAAGCCCAACCGCCUAUUCUCAUUCGCAGGCCCUAUUCAAAUGAAAUUCUUAUUUGAAAAUGUCGCUGCCAUCGGCGCUUGCACAUAGAAAUAAAUUUAUUUUGAAACUCAUUUAGUCUCUUUUUUGGACGAGUUCAUUGGGCUUUAAAUUGCUAAGUACUUAAUAUUUUAACUAUCUUGCGCCGACACUUUAGUUUUCAGAUUUGUGUUAUUUUUCAGUUGCCAUUUGCCAAUGUGGGCGAUUCACAAGAGCGCGCCUCCAAGAGUUUG